AUGGCGUUCGCAAACCGCUUCGCAUAUCGAUCCUCAUCCCUCCUCCGCCAAUGCAAGGUUCCAGCUUUGCCUGCGAGAGCAUUCACCACUAGAGCUUCGAUCAACGGCCUUGUACAUCGUCAACCGGCUCAGGUCUGGAAAAAUAGCAAAUAUGCUCGACUUUUCUCCAAUUCGACACUCCUCAGGGAUCAGACACAAACCGCGCCCAGUGCGGAAGCAUACUUGAAUAGCGGGGUUGUGAAGGGAGCUGCCAACCCGGUCAACGUGAAGAAGGUUUUGGUCAUUGGAAGUGGUGGCUUGAGCAUUGGUCAAGCAGGAGAAUUCGAUUAUUCAGGUUCUCAAGCAUUGAAGGCCUUAAAAGAAGCUGGUGUAGCUUCUGUGCUCAUCAACCCCAACAUUGCUACAAUCCAAACUGCCCACGUUCUUACCGACGAGGUCUAUUACCUUCCAGUCACACCUGAAUAUGUUACAUAUGUUAUCGAGCGGGAAAGACCCGAUGGUAUUUUCCUUACUUUUGGUGGUCAAACAGCUCUCAACCUCGGUGUACAAAUGGAGCGUAUGGGUAUCUUUGAAAGAUAUGGAGUGAAGGUCUUGGGUACCAGCAUUAAGACUCUCGAGACCAGCGAGGAUAGAGAUCUGUUCGCCAAGGCUCUUGCUGAGAUCAAUAUUCCAACUGCUCAAUCGGUCGCUGUAUCAAACGUGGACGAGGCUUUGGAAGCUGCAAAGGUCAUUGGGUACCCAAUCAUUGUCCGUGCUGCCUAUGCUCUUGGUGGUCUCGGUUCUGGUUUCGCAGACAACGAGGAAGAACUUCGCAAUAUGGCCUCUAGGUCGUUGACAUUGUCACCUCAAAUUCUGGUUGAGAAAUCUCUGAAGGGAUGGAAAGAAGUUGAAUAUGAGGUUGUCAGAGAUGCCAGUAAUAACUGCAUCACUGUCUGCAACAUGGAAAAUUUCGACCCUCUCGGCAUUCACACCGGUGAUUCUAUCGUCGUCGCCCCUAGUCAGACUUUGAGCGACGAGGAAUAUCACAUGCUUCGUUCAGCUGCUAUCAAGAUCGUCCGUCACUUGGGUGUUGUUGGAGAAUGUAACGUUCAGUACGCUCUACAACCAGAUGGACUAGACUACAGAGUUAUUGAAGUCAACGCUCGUCUUUCUCGAUCAUCUGCUCUUGCCUCUAAAGCUACCGGUUACCCUCUUGCGUACACUGCUGCCAAGAUUGGACUUGGUCAUACUCUUCCAGAGUUACCAAAUGCUGUUACCAAGACUACGACUGCAAAUUUUGAGCCUUCCCUUGAUUAUGUCGUCACUAAGAUUCCUAGAUGGGAUUUAUCAAAGUUCCAGCAUGUCAAGCGCGACAUCGGCAGUGCCAUGAAAUCGGUUGGUGAAGUCAUGGCUAUUGGCAGAACAUUCGAAGAAUCUAUCCAAAAGGCUAUUCGUCAAGUUGAUCCAAGAUUCGUUGGUUUCCAAGGAGACAAAUUUGAUGACCUUGACUACGAACUUCAAAAUCCUACCGAUCGCCGUUGGUUAGCUGUUGGGCAAGCCAUGCUUCACGAGAACUAUACCGUUGAUCGUGUGCAUGACCUGACCAAGAUUGACAAAUGGUUCUUGUACAAACUCCAGAACAUUGUUGAUUGUACCCACGAACUUGAGGACAUUGGAAGUCUUGAUGGACUUAAGAAAGAAGUUAUCCAAAAGGCAAAGAAAAUGGGUUUCUCUGACAGACAAAUCGCCAAUGCAGUCAAUUCCACCGAGGAUGAAGUUCGAGCUCGCAGAAAGAACUUUCGUAUCACUCCUUUUGUGAAGAGAAUUGAUACUCUUGCCGCUGAGUUCCCCGCAGAAACUAACUAUUUAUACACAACAUAUAAUGCUUCAACUCAUGAUGUUACCUUUGAUGAUCAUGGAACCAUUGUUUUGGGAAGUGGUGUGUAUAGAAUUGGUAGCUCAGUUGAAUUCGAUUGGUGUGCUGUCAGUGCCACUAAUGCCUUGAGAGAAAUGGGCAAGAAAACGGUCAUGAUUAACUUUAAUCCCGAGACUUUUUCUACAGACUUUGAUUCUGCCGACAAACUUUACUUCGAAGAACUAAGCUACGAACGUGUUAUGGACAUCUAUGAACUUGAAGCUGCCACUGGAGUUGUUGUAUCUGUCGGUGGUCAACUACCGCAAAACAUUGCUCUUCGUCUGCAAGAAACGGGCAAGGCAAAGGUCUUGGGCACAGAUCCUAAGGAUAUCGACAGGGCAGAAGAUAGACAAAAGUUCUCUGCCAUCUUGGACAGCAUUGGAGUUGAUCAACCAGCCUGGAAGGAGCUUACCUCUGUUGCAGACGCCGAGGCUUUCGCCGAGGAAGUCAAUUAUCCGGUUCUCGUCCGACCCAGUUAUGUUCUCUCUGGAGCUGCCAUGACUGUCAUUCGAGGCAAGGACGAACUCAAGGAGAAACUCGAGGCCGCCAGCAAUGUUUCCCCUGAUCACCCUGUUGUCAUCACCAAAUUCAUUGAAGGUGCUGAAGAAAUUGAUGUCGAUGGUGUUGGAUCUAACGGCAAACUCAUUCUCCACGCUGUUAGCGAGCACGUCGAGCAAGCUGGUGUUCACUCGGGUGAUGCUACUCUUGUUCUACCGCCUGUUUCUAUCGAUCAAACCACAAUGGACCGUGUCAAGGAGAUUGCUGAAAAGGUUGCCAAGGCUUGGAGCAUCACCGGACCUUUCAAUAUGCAAAUCAUCAAGGCCGCAGAUCCUGAGGGAGAUCUUCCACAAUUGAAGGUUAUCGAAUGUAACUUGCGUGCAUCUCGUUCCUUCCCAUUCGUCAGCAAGGUUCUCGGUGUCAACUUCAUUGAUGUCGCUACAAAGGCUCUCGUAGGUCAGCAAGUCCCUGAACCCACCGAUCUCAUGGCCAUCAAGCGUGAUUACGUUGCCACCAAAGUUCCACAAUUCUCUUGGACUCGUCUUGCUGGUGCUGAUCCAUUCUUGGGUGUUGAGAUGUCUAGUACUGGUGAGAUUGCUUGCUUCGGCAAGGAUCUCGUUGAAGCUUACUGGGCUUCUCUUCAAUCAACCAUGAAUUUCCGUAUGCCAGAACCAGGAGAGGGUCUUCUUUUCGGUGGUGAUGUCUCUAAGACUUCCCUUACUAAGAUAGUCGACUACUUAUCUCCUUUGGGCUACAAACUCUACGCUGCUGAACCCGAAGUUAAGAAACUAUUGGAGUCGACUGCCAAGGGCGGUGUCAGUGUUGAGGUUAUCGAAUUCCCCAAGGAAGACAAGAGAGCUCUGAGAGAAGUUUUCAAGAAGUAUGAUAUCCGUGGUGUUUUCAAUCUUGCACUCGCGAGAGGUAAGACCGUUCAGGACACCGACUAUGUCAUGCGCCGAAACGCUGUCGACUUCGGUGUUCCUCUUUUCAUGGAACCAAGGACAGCUGAGCUCUUUGCCCAAUGCAUGAGCGAGAGACUUCCUCGCAAGGAAGGUAUCCCAGGAGAAGUUCGCAGAUGGUCUGAUUUCAUCGGUGGCAAGCCAUUGUAA